AUGGCAAUUCUAACAAGUCCCUCCAGAAUCAACAUUCUCCGGCUUAUAUCUCUCAUCACGAUCAUCUUCGUGACAUUGCCCCACUCCGCCUUAUCCGCCGCAGCAACUUAUAAUGUGGUGAGUCUCGGAGCUAAACCGGACGGCAAGACGGAUUCAACCAAAGCUUUCGUCGCUGCAUGGGCCAAAGCCUGCGCAUCACCCAAUCCCGCCGUCGUUUACGUGCCGGCCGGGCGGUUCUUCCUAAAAAACGUGGUGUUUGGAGGCGAAUGCAAAAACAAUGCUAUCACCUUCCGCAUUGCCGGUACCCUGGUGGCCCCGUCCGAUUACCGGGUCAUCGGAAACUCCGACUACUGGAUUUUCUUUCAGCAUGUUAAUGGGGUGACCAUUUCUGGUGGGAUUCUUGACGGUCAAGGAACCUCCCUCUGGGAUUGCAAGAGAUCCGGCAAGGGUAAUUGCCCCAGCGGAGCAACCACACUGGGAUUUUCAAACUCAAACAACAUAAAGAUCUUGGGAUUAACAUCACUAAACAGCCAAAUGUUCAACAUCGUGAUCAACGGCUGCAGCAACGUCAAAUUGCAAGGGGUGAAGGUGUCGGCUUCCGGCAACAGCCCCAACACCGACGGUAUCCACGUACAGAUGUCGACUGGGGUGACGAUUCUCAACUCGAAGAUCGGAACAGGCGAUGACUGCGUCUCAAUUGGGCCCGGCACCACCAACUUGUGGAUUGAAGACAUUGCAUGUGGACCUGGCCAUGGAAUUAGCAUUGGGAGCCUAGGCAAGGACCUGAAGGAGGCAGGCGUGCAAAAUGUGACAGUUAAAACGGCAUCGUUUAGAAAUACCCAAAACGGUUUGAGGAUAAAGUCAUGGGGGAGGCCCAGCAGUGGUUUCGCCAGGAACAUCCUAUUCCAGCACGCCGUCAUGACGAACGUCCAAAAUCCCAUCGUCAUCGAUCAAAAUUACUGCCCCGACAACAAGGGCUGCCCCGGUCAGGUUUCGGGUGUUAAAGUGAGCGAUGUAACGUACCAAGACAUCCACGGGACAUCGGCAACAGAAGUAGCGGUUAAGUUCGAUUGCAGCUCAAAGUAUCCAUGCAACAACAUCAGGUUGCAGGACGUGAAGCUCACUUACAAGAAUCUUCCUGCACAAGCUUCCUGCAAUCACGCUGCUGGAACCGCUUCUGGUCUUGUCCAGCCUUCCAGUUGCCUGUAGAAGCUGCAACAAGCCAACAAUAAGACCCCACAAUUUCUCUCAAAUAUUAAAAAUAGGAUUAGUUCCUUAAAGCCUAUAGA